AUGAAUACUUCUUUGCAGAGCAUAGUUGCUCAGCUCCUGGAUUCUGGAAACCUGGUUUUGAAAGAUAGCAGCAAAUAUGUCUCCGGAAACUAUAUUUGGCAGAGUUUUGACCAUCCCUCCGACACAUUAUUGGCAGGCAUGAAAUUUGGGUGGGACCUGAGAAUGGGUUUGGACCGGCACAUGACAUCCUGGAAGAGCACAGAGGAUCCAUCAACCGGAGACUUCACCUAUGGUGUCGAUCUCAGAGGCAUAAUUCCCCAAUUCAUUGUUCAUAAGGGACAUGCCAAGUACUACCGAACUGGGCCUUGGAACAGAAUUCAGUUCAGCGGGGUUCAGAUGACUCCUAAUUUGAUAUUCACCCCAAAAUUCGUCGACAAUUCUUGGGAGGUCUACUACACGUUCAAAGCUUUCAAUGAAUCCACCAUCAUGAGAUUGGAAUUAAACAGUUACGGGAACGUCCAAAGGGCCUAUGCGAACAUAGAUGCCAUGGGAGGUGGAAGUGGCUGUCUCCUGUGGUUUGUAGAUCUUCUUGAUGUCAGAAAACUCAGCGAAUAUGCGAACAUUAAUUGCUGUGUGUUCUGGUUCGCUUGUCAAGAGUCCCGGUCUGGAUUUGAGUCUCAGUCGAGCCGGAAUCUCUCGUUCCUCUAG